UCUCUCGUGGACUUGCCACUACGAUGGUGAACCAGAGCAUGUGACUGAGAGAAAGAGAGAUAGGGGCCAUGCAUGGGAUUUGCAGGCGCAUCUUCUUUUACAGAAGAAUUAUUGGCCAGGCCCUCCCCUUUUGCUUCUGAACUUUACAUGUGACCAAAGCUAGCUAGCUCGCUCUCUCUCUGCUGUCGCUUUCUUGAAUGGCUAUGCAUUAUUUCAUUGUGACUGUGUAUCAGCUUACCAUCUCAUCCACAGAACAAGCGUUCACGCACGCUAAUCUUCUUUUCCCAAAUGCUUUUAUAUACAUCAGGGUGGUUGCAUGCUACUCAAAGGACACACCACAAUCAUUCAAACACUUUGUCCAGAGUCUUUCUCUGCUCAACAUGAAAAGCCUAGCAUCCUUCGCUCUCCUCCCCUGGCUCUUCAUCUCCUUCUCCAGUCUCCUUCAGUUUGGAUCGGGAGCCAGGUGCACCGCCAACGGCCCGACGGUGAAGCAAACUCAAGUUGGGUUUGGAGAUCCUCCAAAGUUCCGGGUCGAAGUGCAGAACAACUGCCCCAUGUGUCCGGUCAUCAACGUGCACGUCAAAUGCAAGAGCUUCAAUCAGUCCCUGGUCAGCCCGAGGCUGCUCAAGGUGGUGGAUCGCAACGACUGCGUGGUCGGCGGAGGCUUGCCGUUGCCACCCCUCCAAAAGCUCUCCUUCACCUACGCACACCUCAAGUACUCUUUGAACCCUAGUUCUUGGGAUUUCCAAUGCGAGUGAGGCUAGAUUCAAUUUGUAUCUCGCUUACUAUAGUGGAAUAUGAUCAGGCGUAUGCAAAAUCCCGCCAAAAACUCCCUCUAAAAAGAGAUUUCUGUGGAUUAUUAUUAGAUAGAUCGAGUGCGUGCACCCAGUUGGGGCCAUCUGCACCAUCAUGUGAAAUGUAUGACCGAUCAUGCACAAGGAAGAACACCUGUAAAAGCAUGUCGAUAGGUCUAAUGCCGAAACCUAGAGAAACCAAGUACGAGAACAAAUUGGAGGCAUAUCCACCUUAUGUAACACCUUGUAACUAUAGUGCAACUACGACCUUAUCAUCUGUGUUUA